CCAACCUCCUCCCGGUCUGUACCUGCUGUUCCAUUCCACCACGACCAUCGCUCCCUUCUCUGAUCUAGACUUGCAGAGAUGUCCUUCUCCUCGCCUCCCUCGCGGCUUCCGUCGGGGCUGAGGCUUCCCUCGGUUUCGUCGAGCGACUUGUUGCCCUCGUUCGUCAAGGGCGCUCCCUUCUCGCUCCAGGUCCUGUUCUUUAUUCUUGCUAGCUUGUUGGCGCUGUCGUUUGCCAUUCGCUUCAUUCCUGGCGUGCGCACCUCCCUCGUCUUUGCCUACAACUGCUUCCUGCAGCCUAUCGGCAAGGUAGCCAACCAGAGCGAGCGUCUCGACCGUUUCUAUCAGCACCAGGCAGAUGUCUAUGAUGCCACUCGCAGCGGCCUCCUUCGUGGGCGCCGCACCAUGCUCAAACUCGUUGCUGCCCAGCUUCGCGACAUGCAGCGCACCAAGCCUGGAAAGCCUCUCGUCUGGGUCGACAUUGGAGGCGGCACUGGCUGGAACAUCGAGCAGAUGGCCGAAUACUUUCCCCUUGACCAGAUCUCGCAGAUCUACCUCAUCGACCUCUGCGAGCCGCUGCUCGAGGUGGCUCGCCAGCGCUUUGCCGCGCGGGGCCUCAAGAAUGUUCAGGUGCUGUGCCAGGACGCCAAGGAGUUUAUGCUCCCCAGCCUGGCCGACGACCAGAAGGUGGACCUCUUUACGUGCAGCUACAGCAUCUCCAUGAUCCCUCCCUUCUAUGCCGUUCUGGACCGCAUCAACGAUUUCCUUGACCCUGAGACGGGCGUGUUUGGCGUCGUUGACUUCUAUGUCUCGGGCCGUAGCCCUCCGAGCGGGGACAAGAGCGCACAGAUCGGUGGUGACAACAGGCGGCACUGUGGCUGGCUCAGCCGCUUCUUUUGGAGCCACUGGUUCGAGUUCGACCACGUCGAGCUGCACCCUGCUCGCAGAGACUACCUUGAGUACAAGUUUGGCACGAUCAAGUGCUUCAAUGGCCGCAACAACUUCAUCAUCCCGUUCAUUGUCCGCAUCCCCUAUUACAUCUGGCUUGGCUGCUCGCGUAGCCGCGACACGACGGACGCGAUCCAGGCUUUUGAGGUGGAAGCCGGGAACCGCGUCAUUGUGCCCCCUUCGUUCCCUGAGCUCUCCUUUGCCCAUCUCCUCUCGGCAUCCAAGACGCAGAUUCUGACGGAAAAGAGCGGCCAGGACUCUGCCGUAGCGUCCGCGCAUACGGGUGUCUUGACAGACCCAAGCAAUCUCGUCAAGCGUCGAGGAAGCGAGACCAACUCGACUAGCUCUUCGGCCUCGGGCUUCAAAAUUGACCUGGGCCCUCAAGUGCCCCUCAGCUCCUUCCACUACCAGAAGCGCCAGUGGCGCCUGCCUUACAUCGACCCUGACUUUGCCAGCUUCCGCUCCUUCAUCUAUGGCUUUACCUGGGAGGACCCAUACGUGGACAUGGCCCACCUUGGCUUGACCAAGGAUGACUCGGUUCUCUGCAUCACCUCUGCCGGCGACAAUGCCUUGCACUACGCCAUUGCUGCGCAGCCAAAAAGGAUCCACUGCGUCGACAUGAAUGCCUGCCAGGGCCAUCUGAUGGAGCUCAAGCUCGCUGCCAUUGCUUCCCUCGAGUACGAGGAGUUCUGGUCGCUCUUUGGCGCCGGUCGCAGCGACAAGUUCCGUGAGCUCCUCGAGAGCAAGAUUUCGCCCUACCUCUCGUCGCACGCCUACCAGUUCUGGCGCCUCAACAACAACUACUUUGACCGGGCAUUCUACUUCCGAGGCUACUCUGGCCACGCCCUCCGACUGGCCAAGAUCGCUUUCCGACUCGCUGGUGUUCAGAAGCACGUCGACGCCUUCUGCGAAGCAAAGACGGUCGAGGAGCAGCAGGCCAUGUGGGACAAGCACCUCCGAAACACAUUGAUCAACAAGACGAUGAUCCGCCUUUUCCUCAGCAACCCAGCCUUCCUUUGGAAUGCGCUGGGCGUGCCCAUGAAUCAGUACAACUGUUUCCGACACGAGGGUGUGAGCGUCGAGCAGUACGCCAUCGACACGCUCGACUCCAUCUCGAGCCGGUCGCUCGUCAAGACGGACAACUACCACUACCGGCUGUGUCUUGAAGGCAACUACACGCGCGAGUCGUGCCCCCUGUAUCUCAAGCCCGAAGGCUUCAAGAAGCUCAAGCAGGACGCUGCCAAGCUCCUCGACAGCUUCAGGCUGCAUACCGACAGCAUUGUCCGUGUGCUGCGCGGGCUCGAAGAUGGCAGCCUGACGCGUGCCAUCACCAUGGACCACAUGGACUGGUACGAUCCCGUUCCGGCCGCGAGACCCGCACCAACGUUGCAGCAGGCUCGCAACGACAAAGACAAGAGCAUCAGCGACCUCGACCGAGAAAUCUUUGAGCUGAGCCGAGUCAUUGCCAAGGGUGGAAGCGUCUUCUACCGAUCGGCGGCCAAGCAACCGUGGUACUCGCAGCGCUUUGAAAAGAUGGGCUUCCACGUCGAAGCGGUCCACAUCCGCGAGACAGGCAAGCCAAUCGACAACGUCAACAUGUACGCUUCCUUCUACAAGGCCACUCGCGUUUAAGGCGUCCACAUUCCAUAGAUCCGCGCUCCUUUAUCCGACAAAAUCCAUUCAGCUAUUCUCCAGUCAUGUCAUAGUCAAGCUGCUCGUUGUUCUUCUCCCAAAAGAAAAAGGCAGGUGUACGUUGUAACGACCACGUCGCAAUUUUCAUUUCACUUGAGCAAAUGACGCCUUUA